UCCCUCUCCCGCUCGUCCCCAUGGCCCAAGGGGUGGCUGGCGACCUAGGGUAGAUCACUCCACACUUCCGGCUCGGCUCAUUCCUCCCUCAGCACCCACCUCCAUCCUGCCUCAUUCUCUCGCAAUGUCCGCCCCCUUCGUCGCCAUGUCCGGAUCGGCCGUCUUCCCCGCGCAUCGGGUCCCGAUAAGCAGCAGCAGCAGCCGGCGACGGUGCGCGGCGUGCUUCUCGAGGCAGAGCUUCCCGUCGAUCUCGAUCCGGCCGGCUCCGCCCAAGCGCCUCCUCAACCUGGCCUGCUCGGCCAAGCAGGACACCAUCGACAAGGUGUGCGGGAUCGUCAAGAAGCAGCUGGCCGUCGCCCAAGACACCCACGUCAACGAGGACACAAAGUUCGCCGACCUCGGCGCUGAUUCCCUCGACACGAGAAUUAAAGAAAUUGUGUGUCAGCUGAGCUGAGGCUCGACACGGUGUCGCUUUGGUUGGUUCUGUCUCGCUCGAAUCGCCUCGGCCUGUUAAAAAUCGCUCCACAGUGCCUCCAAAC